AUGCUCUCGGCGUCGAAGACUGUCGCGGCGAUAUCCACGAUAACGCCGGGUGCACUUCCCCCCUGGUUCCUUCUGGCGACAGAAGUCACCAUUGAGGCGAAAUCAUUCGGUCGUGGACCCCUCGGCUCCGUCUUUCGUGGGGUGUUAUCGUCUACUCCAGUGGUAGUGAAGUUUUUUCGCACUGAUGAUGUGGUAGCUGACGUAGGGAUGCUACUGAAGCUGGAGAAGGAGCUGAAUUUGCUGUACGAGAUGAACCACCCGAACCUCGUGAAGAUACUCGGUGCCUGUCAUGUGAGCUUGCCACCGUUCAUUGUGUACGAAGAUAUUCCAAGUGGCAACCUCAGCUCGUUUCUCGCUCGCUCGGACGAUAACAAGCAGCAGAUGUGGGGGAAGCUCCACCAGGCUGCCAUCGGAUUGGAGUACAUCCACAAGAGAGGCUUGGUGCACGGCGAUCUCAAGCUGAGUAACAUACUGGUGAGUCGGAGUGGCCAGGUCAAGCUGACGGAUUUUGGCUUGAAUGUGUUGCGGGCAUUCUACUCCUCUAGCCAAACUACAUUGCGUUGGAGCUCUCCGGAGUGUUUGAAGCGACGACCGACGUUCGCGUCGGAUGUCUAUUCGUUGGCAAUGUGCAUCGUUGAGGCUGUUACUGGCGAGCCUCCUUUCGCCUUCCUGGGUGACGAUGAUUUCCGUGACUUGCUGAGGAAUGGUGGGGUC